AUGUUAAAUGCGAGCAAUAUCGAGGAAAAUGAUAUAGAUAAUGUGAACAAAUUUUCAACUAAUGAUUUAAACAUACAUGAUGUAAAGUGUAAAAUUCGUGAAGAAUUGUGUAUGAAUAGUAAUUCUUCAUCUAGUCAAGAUCAAGAAUUUAAUAUACACUGGGAAAACAACUCUUGGGAUGUAAGUAAUUUCGAUGAAGUUAAUAUUAAUGACAAUGACAAUGACAAUCACAAUUCCAAUGACAAUGACAAUGACAAUGCCAAUGAUAAUGAUAAUGAUAAUAACGCUAGCGCGUCUUUUUUAGCAAUAAGAAGCGUACGGCAAUUAGCGGAGGAGGGCAAGAAUACCCUUCCAUUAGCAUCUAAGUGCGUAUUGAACGACAUGUACGUUGACGAUAUUAUUAGCGGAGCGCGAGAUGUAAACGAAGCUAAGGAAUUGCAGAAGCAAAUAACGGAACUAAUGAGCAAGGGACAUUUUAAAGUGCACAAAUGGCAUUCUAACUCGAGCGAAAUUGUACAAGACACAAAAGAAAUAAGUCAAUCAUCGGGCGUAAAUCUAAAAAUUAACGAUACUAUUAGAACUUUGGGGCUAAUCUGGGAACCCAACAGCGACGUUUUUGUAUUUACAUUAGGAUUUCGCGAGCGAGUCCGUUCCAAAAGAGAACUAUUAUCCGAAAUCAGUAAAUUGUUCGAUCCUUUAGGAUUGUUAGGUCCAAUAAUAACAUUAGCCAAAAUGCUGAUGCAAGAAACCUGGAAGGAACAAGUUGACUGGGACUCUGAAUUGCCAGCCAACAUUACUAAGAGAUGGGAGCAGCUACAAAGCGAAUUGCUAAACUCCACGAUACUACGCAUUCCACGCAAGAUCUCUGACGAGUAUAUUUCCAACGAUCUAAUGCUGUACGGAUUCUGCGAUGCAUCUCAAGAUGCCUAUGGAGCAUGCAUCUACGUCAAGGUUCGAAAUAAAGGAGAACAGGUAGCCCGUUUAUUAUGUUCUAAGUCUCGUGUCGCACCACUCAAGAUUGUCUCAAUCCCGCAAUUGGAACUAUGCAGCGCAUUACUUUUGGCACGUUUAAUCGAGCAAGUGACUCAAGCUUGUAAAUUUCAGUCCUGCAAGAUAUUCGCAUUUACGGACUCCAUGGUCACACUAUAUUGGAUAAAGGGCGACUUAUCUCGUUGGAAACCCUUCGUCGCAAACAGGAUCUCAGAAAUUACUCGUAUUUUAUCGGCAGAAUCAUGGGCACACGUACGAAGUGAGGAUAAUCCCGCGGAUUUGCUGUCUAGAGGCGCAUUCCCCAACGUACUUCAAAAUUGUAAGUUGUGGUGGGAGGGCCCUCCCUGGAUAUCAAGCAAUUCGAUGAAUUUUCAACCUCCAGAGAGCUUCGAUGAUACGCAUUAUCUAGAAACCAGGGAAAUCAAGGACGAAGAACGAAAGGUCAAGACAUCAUGUCAUCACCUUACCUCACAAGAAUCAAUUUUCCAAAACUUAUAUUCUAGGAUAUCUGUUUUGUCCAAGUUGGAACGAGUGUUAGCAUACUGCUUACGUUUUAUCGCUAAUUGUAAACGUAGUACUGAAAAACAAGGUGGUCCAUUGGCAGCAGCCGAGAUUACGAUAGCGAGGUCAUACUUGAUUAAGAACGCACAAGCGGAAGCCUUCAAGGAAGAGAUUUCUAUGCUACGCCAUUCUAAAUUUCUAAAAUCAUCUAGUAAGUUACUAAGCUUACAUCCCUUUCUGGACGAUAAAGGAUUGUUGAGAGUGGGAGGUCGACUGCGCCAUGCACCGCUAUCCUUCUCACAAAGGCACCCUAUAUUAUUGCCUUCAAAGCACACAUUCACCAGACUAUUGGCUGAACGAGCGACUCCUACAUGCUGGUCCUCAGGCUCUCUUGUCUGCAAUUCGACAAGAAUACUGGCCUCUACGCGGAAGCCUCAGGCAGCUCUACAGUUGAUGGGUGAUUUGCCGGCUGAUCGAGUCACCCCUAUGCGGCCAUUUUAUAAUUGUGGCGUGGAUUUCGCAGGUCCUAUUACUACGCUAUUGAACAAGGGCAGAGGUCGCAAAACUAUCAAGAGCUACAUUGCCUUAUUCGUUUGUUUUUCGACGAAGGCUCUUCACUUGGAAGCCGUAAGUGAUCUGAGCACCGAGGCAUUUUUGGCAGCUUUAAGACGCUUCAUCGGUCGAAGAGGUUGUCCCCAAAAAAUAUAUAGUGACAAUGCUACUAAUUUCAAGGGAGCACAGCGCGAAAUCGGCGAAAUGUAUUCAUUUCUUCAACGUCAAAUCAAGGAAUCACUACAGAACAAGUUGGCAGUGGAAGGAAUUCAAUGGAUUUUUAUUCCUCCCUACUCCCCUCAUUGGGGUGGACUUUGGGAAGCAGGAGUGAGAUCUUGCAAAAACCUGUUACGCACGGUGAUGGGCAAUUCCCUAUUUACAUUUGAAGAGCUCGGUACGGCGCUUAUUCAAGUCGAAGCUUGUCUCAAUUCGAGACCUUUAUACGCGCUUUCCAGUGACCCUUCUGAUUUGGAGCCGCUUACUCCAGGACAUUUUUUGACUGAAGGACCACUUACAGCUCUCCCUGACACAAAUGUUCAAGAGAUAAACAUUCAUCGUUUGAACCGUUGGCAAUUAGUUCAACGGGUCUUUCAAAACUUUUGGAAACGGUGGGCGGCAGAAUAUGUCAGUUCAUUACAAGGACGUUCUAAAUGGCAGAAACCUCAACGCAACCUUCAGGUCGGAGAUUUAGUUCUUCUACAAGAAGCCCAUUCUCCUCCUUAUCAGUGGAAACUAGGUCGGGUUUUAGAACUACAUUACGGUCAGGAUAAAUUGGUUAGAGCCGUGUCGGUUAAAACUGCUAACAGCGUGACUAAGCGUGCGAUUACCAAGGUGUGUAAAUUGUCUGUCACUGAUACGGAGAAAGAUUAUGAUUAA